AUGGUCUGUAGCUGCAAUUGGCCAAAAGUGUUGCAGGAUGUCUCGCUCAUCACUUUCUCUUUCUCUCUCUUUAUUGUUCUAUUCUCCCCUCUUACUUUCUUCUUUUUCCAUAACUCUUUUCUUUUUCUUUCACUUCCUCUCAUUCAUCUUCUUUUCUGUUUCUUUUUCUUUCAUCGACUUUGCUUCUUUCUUUCUUUCCUUUCCUUUCCUUUCCUCAUUUCUUUUUUAAUUGUCGUGUCCAUCUUUUUCUUGACCUCACCUUUUAAUUUUUUUCGUUUUCUUAUUUUCUUAAGUCCCUUAGUUUGGGGGGAUUUUUUUCCUUACGUACGUUCCUUUUCCUUUAUGAUCACUUUUCUUUCUCUCAUUUGUCUUCUUCCUCUCUUUCAUAUCCUCAUAUUUCUUCUUUAUCUUCUUUCUUUUCUUUCUUACUUUCUCUUCCUUACUUUCCUUUUUUCUUUUCUUUCAUCUAUUCGCCUUGUUCCUUUUCUUAUUCUUCUACGUAAUCUGCUUUCUUCCUUUGCUUUAAGCCAUCUUCUUUUUUUUUCUAUUUGCUUUUUUGCUUACAUCGUUUCUUUCUUUACUUUCUUUUAUGAAGCCCUGGGCAAUUUCAAAGUCCCAAGACAUUUUAUUUAUUUUCUCUUGAGGAGAGAUUCCCGUUUCUAA